UCUUCAAAAUAUUCCACAAACAAAACAUUAAUAGCAUUCGCCAAGAUAAAAAAAUAAUGUAGCUAAAAGGCACUAGGCAGAAACCGGUUCACGAGAGUUAUUGUUAGAGGUUUUCCCCAUUUGACGAUUUGCUUAGCGUACAAGAGGCGUACAACCUUGCUAGCUUAAGCCGCGCACUCGCAAUCUCACGUCAGUCACAAUUUACAAUACAAUAAAAUGUUACGUGAACAAGUUAGUUGAAUUCAGCGAACGAAAAACCUUAAUUUUUAUUACACUAUUAUUAUUUUGUAAGGACAAGGACUUUUAUUGUGAUAAGUAAAUUAAAGAAUCUUAUUUCAAAAUGCGGUGUUCAGUGUUCGUAUGUUGUGCGAUUCUUUUAUCAACGUGUAAUUCGCAACUUACUGAAGUGAAGCAAAUGUUAAACAAUACUAGUCUUCAUACGGGCUUGUCGGAAAAGAUUGGAAAUUUUUCCAUCGAACUGCUGUAUCACACAACGCAAGCGCAGGAUAAGAUCGCCAAUUUGAUUAUUUCGCCUAUUACAGUAUGGACGAUAUUAGCCGUGAUAGCGGAAGGCGCAGAUGAACAAACACUGGCUCAGCUCAAUAGAGCACUUCGCCUUACACCGAGGCUUAAGGACGAAACUCAAAAAGAAUACCAGGAAAUAGUGAAGUGGUUACAGGUUAAGACAACAACAGUUGAACUUCAGAAACUGAAUUCGAUGUUUAUGGAUGAACAAAAUACACCGCAAAGAGACUUUGUUGAAGCAGCAAGAGGUUAUGACACCCAUUUAAUAUCUGUAAACUUCUCUGACCCUAAUGUGACUGCAAACUCGAUAAACAAUCUUGUAUCUAGUGUCACACAUGGACGAAUUUCACAACUAGUUGAUAGCAGCAACAUUGCAGACUCUAAACUUAUAUUAACUAGUGUAUUAUAUUUUAAGGCACAGUGGACUGUAUCUUUCAACUCCUCUUUAACAACAAAACAACCUUUUAGUGACAGCACUGGAAAGCAAUUGGGCGAAGUAAAUAUGAUGUACAGGCGUCAUACAUACCCAUUUGCCAAUAUAGUAACAUUGCAGGCUCGGGUACUUGAAGUGGCCUAUGGAAAAGACAACCGUUUAUCUAUGCUUAUAAUGUUACCCAAUCCUGGUGUAUCAUUGAAUGAAAUGUUUUAUAAUUUUGGUAAUGUAUCAUUAGACACAAUUUUCGAUGAAUUAAAAGUGUCAGUAGAACAAUAUGGUGAAGAUGAAAUUGAUUGCUUUAUCCCACGAUUUAAAAUUGAAUCGAGUCUUCAAUUGAAUGAUGCUCUCAAAAGGAUGGGAAUUGUUGACUUAUUUGAUGAGCGCAAAGCUAGACUGCCAUUAAUGUCUUAUCUCCCUGUGCAUGUAUCACAAAUAAUACAUAAAGCUGAAAUAGAAGUUACAGAGGAAGGAACAGUUGCUUCUGCUGCAAGUGCUGCUGAAUUCAGCAACCGUAUCAGUAGUGUUAUACGUUUUGAGGCUAAUAGACCAUUUUGCUAUUUAAUUAUAGAAAAAGUUACAAACUCCAUAGUAUUUGGUGGUUUGUACCAGACACCCUCAUUAUUUUAAUGUAACAAUACCCAUACAAGAACUUAAAUAACUUAAUAUGUUAACUAUAUCUGUGAAAAAUUAUUGUGAUACAAACUUUUCCAUGACAACAUUUUGUAUUAAGAAAAUUAUUAAAACAUAUAUAAAACAGGCUAUU